CCACGCGGCGCCGCUGUGCCCCGCCCCUCCCUGUCGUUGGGGGCGUGGCCAGUGGGGGUGCUCAUGAAUAUGCAUUAGCAGCGGCGGCGGAGGCCCCGGUGAGUCACGGGAGAGGCGGUGGCGGCAGCGUGAGACCCGUGGGGACGGUAACCCCCCCUCCCCGCCUGCCCUGCGCCCCCCACGUGUGUCCCGGCCCGCCCCGGACAUGAGGCUGUUGUGGGGAAGGGGCUGACCCCUCGCCGUGCCCCCCGUGUUGCCAUGGCCUCCCAGCCGCAGCCCCUGCGCCCCGCCGUGCCCUGCGCCGCCCCCGCCGGCACUGGGGGGGCCGGUCUGGCCGGCAGCCCCGACAAAGGCACCGCACGCCCCAAGCCGCCGGUGCGGCCCAAGCCCCGCGUGCUGCCCAAGCCGGCCAUGCCCGCCAAGCCCCCGGUGCCGCCCCCUGUGCCGGGCCCACGGCACCCCCGGCCCGAGCUGCCCUCGGCCGAGAAGAUGAACCGCCUGGCUGGGCCGCAGCCCUACAGCGGGGGUGGCACGGGGGGGCCCCUCCGCCGCCCCUCCUUCACUGUCAGGUCACCCGAGACCCCCAACGGGAAGGGUCUCCCGUCCCCCCCUGUGGCAGCUGCCGAGGAGGAGGUGCCCCCCGCCCCGCCGACCCCCUCGCGCAAGGGCCCCGCGCCCUUCAAGGUGACGCCGGUGCCGGUGGCUGCCAGGCCGGAGCGCUUCCCAGGCACCACUGUGGAGGAGAUCCUGGCCAAGAUGGACAGCAGGGAGGGUCCGGGCAGCCCAGACAGGGCCUGGCUCUCGCCCUUCUGUCCCGACCCCUCCUCCCGCUUCGGCUCCAAGACCUUCGCCGCCUUCCGGAGGCGUCCCAGCGGGGAGGUGGAUGGAGACCCCCCUGGUGAAGCCCCACACGCACCCCGACCUGCGGCGGGCGAGCUGGGAAUGGGGGAUGACGGACACUCCGUGGCUGAGACGAGCGGCUCCCCCCCAGCUGGGCCACGCUGUGCUGGGGACCCCCGUGGACACCGGAGGCCACCGUCCCCUCCUGAUCUGUCCUCUCUCCAACUGGGGGCCCUCGGACCCCCGGGCUCCCCACGGCCCCCCACCUCCCCGACCCCGGCCCCAGGAGCUCCCUUCCAGCCUCCCGAGCCCUCUGCCCCAGCCCCCGGCUCUCCCGAUGCCCCCGCUGAGCUCCUGGCCCCUGACUCCCCCACACUACCCCCUGGCUCCCCCGAAUCCCCCACUCAGCCUCCAGCCGAGGCCCCUGCCCCCUCCAUCCAGGCCCCAGGUGCUCCCUCAGCCACCAAACCCCAUCUCGGCACCUCCCGCUCCCCUGGCUCCCCCCACACUCCCGGGGAGGGUUCCCCUGACACUGCCAGCCCCCCUGGCACUCCCGAACUGCCCCCCCGAGUCACCUGCCCCCCUGGCUCUCCUGAGGCUGCUGCCGAGUACCUGGGCCGCCCCAGCCCACCCCUUGCCAAAGCCUCUCGUCCCCCAGGCUCCCCAGAGGGACCCGAUGACUCCGCAGUGUCCCCACAGUCCUGCGAGGGUCCCGAUUUCAGCUCCCCUCCCCGGGACGUGGGACUGCGGCGCUCCUCAGAGGGAGUGCUGCAGUCCCCACCCACGGGGCAGGGCCUGGGGGAGCUGGGGGGUUCACUGAGUGCCCUGCCCCGGCCCGGAGACCCCCUGUCUGAGCCCUCCCUGGGCAGUGAGUCCGGCUGGAGCCUUUCCCAGUCCUUCGAGUGGACGUUCCCGUCGCGGGGGACACGCUUGUCGGCCUUUCCCCCCCGCUCCCCCAUCCGGGAGACGCCUGACUCGGGGCUCUCUGAAGAGGGAGAGUCGGAUGGGGAGGCUGCAGCCCACAGCCCCCCGGAGGACAGUGGUUCUGAAGGGCCUGACAGCUGCAGGGCAGAGGGGGCUCCAUGCCCAGGGGGUCCCGUAGCCCAGCGAGAGGCUGAGGGCUUGACGGAGGAGGAGGAGGAAGGGGAGGUAGAGCGAGGCACCCCUGGGUCCCAGUCCCCACUUCGUGUGACAGAGCCUGGCUGGCACCCAGCUGAGCCUGAGCCCCCCACCCAGCCCAGCAUCACCACAGCUGCACCCCUGGAACCAGCCCCCCCAGAUCCAGCCCCUCUGGCUGACUUGGCCUGGGCAGGUGACAGCCCCAAAGACCUGCAGGGCCCUGGGGGGCCAGGCCAGGCCGAAGGACCCCCACAGGGCCCCGACCCCCACGCCGACCCGGGCUGGCUGACGGAGCUGCUGGCGUCACCUGGGGCCCACACCACAGGGCACGGCUCGCCAGAGGGCCUGCUGGGCUGGUCACGGAAGGACCUGUGCAGUGAGUUUGGCAUUGGCCGCCCUCGCCGGGCCGGCACCUUUGACUGGAGCUGCCCAGCUGUGUCCAGGGAGAGAGACUGGCCUGCUGAGACCGAGCAGGACCAGGAAUUCAGGGCCAAAUCCGACUGGGACAGCAGCCGCAGCGACAGUGCUGGGACCAGGCCGGAUGGGCACUUCAGCACCGCCCGGGAGGGCUGGAGCAGUGACUACAGAGGGACGGAGCUGAUGGCAGACACCAAACUGGGCGGCAGUGACUGGUCCCAGUCCCUCGGUGCUGGGGAGAGCUGCCUGCGGGAUCCAGACUUUGGCAACAGCACAGCCAAGUGGGGCCCGGGCUAUGGCCUGGGCCGUGCCAGCAGCACAGAGGAGCUUGACUCCGGGCAGCCCACCUGGGCGGGCAGGUAUGGCACCAGUGACAUGGAGAUGAAGGACAGGGAGCUCACCCCGGACUGGGCCAGUAAAUACAGCAGCCGGGAUGCCAGGAGCAAGGAUGAGGAUUUUACGCUGGGCUGGGCUGGCCGAUCCAGCACUGGGGACACUGGGAGCCCAGACAAAGAACUCAGCCCCAGCCGACCGUCCUGGAACAGCAGGUACAGCACCCGGGACAUGGAGAGCCAGGACCGGGAGUUCAGUCCCAGCCGGCCAGCCUGGACUGGGGAAUACAAGGACACACAAAGCCAGGACAGGGAGUUCAGCCCCAGCCGGCUGGCUGAAGGCAGCGAGUGCAGCACUGGCAAUGUGGAGACCCAGGACCGGGAAUUCAGCCCCAGCGGAGUGGCCUGGGAUAACAGGUACAGCACUCAGGACAUGGAGAGCCAGGACCGUGAGUUCAGCCCCAGCCGGCCGGCCUGGACUGGUGAAAUCAGGGACAUGGAAAGCCAGGACAGGGAGUUCAGCCCCAGGAGGCCAGCCUGGGCUGGUGAAUACAGGGAGAUGGAAAGCCAGGAUCAGGAGUUCAACCCCAGCAGGCUGACUUGGGAUAACAGAUCCAGCAGCAGGGACACGGAGAGCCAGGACCGGGAGUUCAGCCCCAGCCGGCUGGCUGAAGCCAGCGAGUGCACCACCGGGGACCUGGAGACCCAGGAUGGGGAGUUCAGCCCCAGCGGAGCAGCCUGGAGUGACAGAUCCAGCACCAGCAACAUGGAGACCCAGGACAGUGGAUUCACUCCCAGCAGAGCAACCUGGGAUGAUGGGCACAGCGCUGGGGACAUGGAGACCCGGCACGGGGAGUUGUUCAGCCCCAGCAGAGUGGCCUGGGGCGACAGGUCCAGCACCAGGGAUGUGGAGGCCCAGGACAGGGAGUUCAGCCCCAGUGGAGCAGCCCGGGAUAGGGAGCAUGGCUCUGUGCUCCCCAUGGAGGAAGGGCAGGAGCUGAUCCCAGGCCGGCUGAGCUGGUCCGGUGAGGGCAGCGUCGGCCAGGCCAGGCAUGUUGGGGUCAAUGAGAAAGAUGUGCCUGGCUCCCUCUGCCCUGAUCUCCUGGCCCAGGAGCCCACCUGGGGCAGUGCCCACCAGCAGGAGCGUGGCAGCUCCAGCAGCAGGGACUGGGCUGAGGAGCUUGGAGGAGGCGACUGCCACAACCAGUUUGGUGCCAUUGGGACAGAGCGGGUGCCAGACCCCUGCGGCAGCGGAGCCUCGGAUGGCUGCAGCGUGGCCAGGGAUGGCAGCCUGCACCCACCAAUGCUCUGGCCCUCAGAGCAGAUUAGCCGGGCGCAGCUGGCUGCCUGGGGGAACACCAGCCCUUAG